CGUAACUCGUCUAUACACUACACAAAUCGCUAAAUUCAAUUGAUAAACACAAAUAUGUUUUCACUUGUAUAAUCGAUGGUAUCGUAAGACUAAUUUAUUGUUUAUAUUUUACAUCAAUAUAAUAUAAGAUUACAGAUAUUAAUCUGUAACCUUGUGUAAUCUGUUAUUUGUAUACUAAUAUUUGCAUAUUCGGAUGAAAAAUUAUAUCUUGUCAAAAAAUUUUUAUUUAUUCAAUUUUCAUUAAAAUAUUAAAUAUCACUUGUCAGUUAUUCAUGAAAAUCCAUCUUACCUAAAAAAAAAAAGCCACGGGGAUCCAUCCUCCAUAAGAAAGUCCAUGGUGAAGGAAUUUAUAGUUACAGCAUGAAUGACAAGUUGGAAAGUGAUGUAUCUACUGUUUUAAAAUUUGUACAAGACUUUUUCAUUAGCUAUGAUAAAAACCGUCAUAUCCUUCAUACAUUAUUCCCAGAAGAUGGAACUUUUAUUGUAUUGGGCAAUCGUAUGACUGGUCAUUCAGCUAUUCAACAGGCCAUGUUAACAAUGGCUACUACGACUCAUAAACUCAAUAGUAUUGACAUUCAAAGUCUUACCAUGGCAUUGCCAGAUAACGUAUCAAUGUAUCAAGUACUUUGUGCUGGUGAUGUCGAGUUUGGAGGUGAUACACAUUUACAUGGAUUCACUGCUACUCUCCUAGUAUAUUUCCAGAGGCCAAAUGUUUUAAAUGUUGUAUCUUUCAAUGAACGAUGCCAAUGGCCUAAAUUAUCUUAAGACUUAACACAAACUUUUUUUAUACAUUAAAUACUGUAAACAAAAGAUUUUAUUUUUUAUUAAUUUGUAUUUUUUGUAUUGUUAGCUGAUCUCUGGUCAUUGGAUACAUUAUGUUAUUAUUUAAUAAAUAAAAAUUACAUAGAAAAAAAAA